CUCAAAAAGAUGGAUAAAAAGGCUGAAAUCUCAAGAAAUAUAUAUUAAUCAUUCAAACACAAGGACCACUUCACCUCUGUUUUUUUCUGACAACACCAUGCAGGACAAUCUGUGAUUCAGUGUCAAAGUUUUCCUGUUCUUGGAGUGAAAAUGGUGAAUGCGAACUCUCCGGAUACAGUUCUUGAGGACUACCUGAAUGGUUUAGUAUCAGAAACAGACACUACAAAGAGCAGCAUAUUGGAAUUCGAAUCGGAGAGUUAUGAAAAGAGGAAUUCAAAAUGGGAUGGGUUUCUUCAGCUGUUCAGGGAUAAAUUCAAGAAGAGGCAUUUCGGAAGCUUGGAUUCCCUGAGUUCUUUGAAAAUCUCGAAACGAUUUAGCUGCAGCAUGAGAGAGGCAGCUUGUGGUUCUGGGCUGUUGCAGAGCCCUAUUCUGGAGGGUGGUUUGAGCUAUUUCAAGCCUCAGUGGAAGAACUUCAGCCUGUCUGAGAUCGAGAUCGCCACCAACAAUUUUCACCAUGAAAACUUAAUUGGGAAAGGUGGUUAUGCUGAAGUUCACAAAGGGCGCUUGCGCGAUGGAAAAUUAGUUGCAGUUAAGCGUUUGACUCGAGGAUCACCCGAGGAGAGGAUAGGGGAUUUCUUAUCUGAGCUUGGCAUAAUGGCUCAUCUCAACCAUCCAAAUACUACCAAGUUGAUUGGCUAUGGAGUUGAAGGUGGAUACUACCUUGUUCUCAAGCUGUCUCCUCAUGGAAGCUUAGCUUCUAUGCUGCAUGUCUCGAAGCAGAAACCGGGAUGGUAUAUCAGGUAUAAGGUUGCACUAGGCACAGCUAAAGGGCUGCAGUAUCUUCACGAGGGCUGUCAACGACGAAUCAUUCAUAGAGAUAUUAAAGCAGCAAAUAUAUUGCUUAUGGAGGACUUUGAGCCUCAGAUUUGUGAUUUUGGGCUUGCGAAGUGGCUCCCGGAGAGAUGGACUCACCUGACUGUCCUGAAAUUCGAUGGCACAUUCGGAUAUCUUGCACCCGAGUUUCUAAUGCAUGGUAUAGUGAAUGAAAAGACCGAUGUUUUCGCCUUCGGGGUGCUUCUUUUGGAGCUAAUUACCGGGCGUCGAGCGUUGGAUUACUCUCAGCAAAGCCUCGUAAUGUGGGCAAAGCCUCUGCUAAAGAAAAAGAGGAUUAGGGAACUUGCAGAUCCAUCACUUGGAGAUGACUACAACUUGCUGCAGAUGAAUCUCAUGGUCUUGGCCGCUUCGUUAUGCGUGCAGCACUCGUCCAUCAAACGCCCCCGAAUCAGCCAGGUUCUGCAACUUCUGAAUGGCAACUGCGAAAGCCUAGAUUAUAUCAGAAAAACCCGAAAACCAUCCCCCAUUAGAAGGGCUGCUACGAAGACCUCUUUCGCGCACAAGGAAAAAACAUAGCCUAAACGGUUUUUUGUGCCUCGAAGAACAGAUUGUUAUUGUGCAGAACUGCAGAAUGGUUAAGUCAGCAGAAGCAUAUGAUGAUAAUGGGAAGGAGGGAUGUCUCAUUCCUUUGGUGUAAAUACUUAUUUUUGUUUUUGACCAUUUGUUUCCACCAAUUUAGUGCCUAUAUGUUGUCCAACCAUGACUAUAGCAAUAGCCAUGGAAUGUUGGAAGAAAUCUCAAUUGUGUUGGUGCUUAGUCUAUGUAACAUAAAGAACCACUUAUUUAGUCCUCCCUGAUGCUUUAUGAAAUAAAGACAAGGCCCAUUCAAGCUA